AUGGUGUUGAAAACAUUUAAAGUUGAUGGGACACCUCCUAUAAAGGCUGAGGUUUUGACUCCUGAAAGUUUUCUGGAAUAUGGGGGUGUAAUCAGUGCAGAUCACCAACUUAAAAAAGUACAAAGCUCAGAAGCAAACUAUGGAACCGCUAUAAAGAUCCAUAAGGUUGCUCCUAUAAUUAACAAUUAUUCAAACUGUCCCAGUGGUAAGAAGGCAACAGCAAAUUGGAAUAUUUUUAGAUGCAAAUCUCCAAAGCAUUUGAUCAAUCAUGGAAGUUCUAAUAGUACUUACACAUCAAAAGUAUUAGAGAGACACCCCUUUAGUACUCAAACAUUUCUACCAUUAGGUCAAGAUUUACAUAAGGUUUCUUACCUAGUCAUAGUGGCCAAAACAGACGAGAGCACAAAAGAUAAAUUGCCCGAUCCAACCCUGAUUAGAGCGUUUGUUUGUAAAGGUAACCAAUCUGUUACAUACGGGAUGGGCACUUGGCAUGCACCUAUGGUGGUUAUAGAUGAGAAAGUCCCACAUAUAGAUUUUGCAGUAUUUAUUCACGAAAAUGGGGUGGCUGAUGAAGAUGUUCAGGAAUGCUACUUUGAGCCAGGAUAUGAUAUUAUGUAUAAGCAGAUUAAUGCAAAAUUGUAA